UAUACUUCUAUAUAUAAUUAAUAACAAAUGAACGGGAAUCGAAAGUUUAAAUCGCUGCGGCUAGUGCGAUUCGGUGAAAUCCUCUAUGAUCAGCAAAAGCGUCUCAUAUUGCUGUGCCGAUCCUGCUCGCGUCAUUAUUUAUCUCUGGACGCAUUUCAGACGCAUCUCAACAAAUGCAUUGGCGUCAAGCACAUAGUCACGUCCAUUGAUGAGCUGCUCUACGACGAUGAGAAGCGAGAGACAAGAUUAGUUAAUGGCAAGCAAGAGCUGCUCAUCUAUGAGCCUAACGCGGUGCGUAAUAUCAACAGUGUAAAAUGCAACAUUGACUGGGAAGCUGAGCUCGAGGAUCCGCGCUGGUACACAGAGGAGAGUCGAACGUUACCCAGCAAGGUAAAUCAAUCGCCCACCAAUGCCAAAGAAAAUGUUGCCAAAAGCCGCCCGCGUAAUCCAAUAGUUAAGGAUAUAGACAAGGAGAAGCAGGCGCAUGCACAAUCGCCCGAGUCACCCGCCAAGCGAAUGCGCCAUUCUACGCCCAAACGAACGAUUCUCGCAAAUCAACAGCAACACAAACUACGCGGCAGUUCAGAUAUGCCCGCAAUGACAGCUAAUAUAAAAAACCAAAUAUAUGUUGUGGAAAAUAUUGUUGAGGACUUAAGACGUCUAGACGCAAUGAGAACUGCCGAUGCAGCCAACUCAAUGACAACAGCAGCAGCAAUGACAAAUAGUCCAACAGCAGUUGAAAAUCCAUCAAUGAUGUCUACACAAACAGCGAGUACGCCUAAUGGGGGCGACACACAGCAAAUACUAAACAAGUUGCGUGCUUGUGGAGUCGAAGUGAAGCGUCGCAAUACGCGGGAAACCAUUGAAAGCUCUAUCGAUGUGGAUCCAAAAAAACAACUGGCUCUGGAUAUAAUGCGAAAAUUGCAAUCGAAUGGCAUCAAGUGCACGAAAGUAAAUAAUUCUAAGCAAUAAACAAUUGUAUGCAAUUUCACUUCAAUAUAUAUAUAACUGCCCGGGCAUGCCUACAUGAUGUAUGAGCUUUGAAUUCAUCGCUUUCCAACCGCUUGGGGGGAAAUACACAUUUAAACAGCUGUUAUAAACAAUUGAUUUGUAAAUCGCACUAAUUGCCAUUCACACGAACUCGUAUGAAGGUUAUCUCUAGUUGCUCAACUUAGAGAUGAGCACUUUCAAAGUUGACUGUGAUGCUUCCAUACAA